AUGAGGAAUAAGUACUUUCAAUUGAUCUUGAUAGAUAAAGAGAUUCUAUUGAAGAAAUUCAAAUAGACAAAUAUCAAAAUAUCAUAAAUUCUUUAGAAAAGAUUUAUUAAUGUGAGUCCAAUUAAGAAAACAAAUCAUUUUUAGGCUAAAAACUCAACAUCUAAUUUUAAUUAGAAUUCAAAUUAAGAAAUGAAAAAUUCUUAAUACAAUAGUAUGAAGAACAGUGGAAGAAAUAUUAUGAUGAAUAUGAUGAUGAAAGGGAGUCGAAAACUACCUAUAUAUCCAUUAUAAUCAGAAAUUUCAAGACCUUUAGAAAUAGAUUUAUGUUUCAAAUAAUCUGAAUAAAUAAUAGCGGGAUCUCAAUUGACAGCUUCACUACCAAAAAAGGAUAAUAAUGAACUAAGUCCUAGUAGUUAAUCUUCUAGUAAUAAUUUAGAAAUUGUGUAGUAAGAUGAAAUUAAUCACAAAGCAGAUUUUGAUAGAGUAGUUCAAAAACUUAAAAAAGCAUUUUCCAUCCUGAAAAUUCUAAAAAUAUUAUACGUAAAAACAACAUGAGAUAAAGUGUUGCUGUAUUAGCAUAAUACUUUAAGCAAUUGUUUGAUUUCGAAGUGAUAACAGUUGAUAGAAGUUAUAAUUCAGAUUCUGGAUUUGUAAGUAUAAAGGCAGAAAAGAAAACAUAAACAUAAGAAAUAGGGUUAAAAUAUUUUCAAUUUAUCAAGCUAUUGGGACAAGGAGCUUUUGGAUGAGUAUUUUUGGUGAAAAGAAAACAUCAGGAGAUUUGUAUGCGAUGAAAAUUAUAGUUUGGGCUUAAAAAGUUUGCAGAUGAAUUUAAUAUUAAUUAGUAAUUGGAAACAAAAUUAGACACAUUGAAAGCUGAAAGAAAUAGUUUAGAAAUACUCUCAGGAGAAUUUGUUGUGAAAGCUUAUUUUUCUUUUAGUCAUGAAUAAUAUUUGUGUUUUGUCCAAGAGUACAUAAUAGGAGGAGAUUUUUCUCAUAUUUUAAAGAUGUAUACGGUAACUUAAAUAUAUAUUUAAAGGCUUUAGAUGAAGAAUAUGUAAGGCACUAAAUUGCUGAAAUAGUUUUAGCCCUUGAGUAUCUAAGAUCUAAGAAAAAUUGUACAUAGAGAUUUAAAACCUGA